AGUACCUAGGCGACCUGUUAGGUGUCGAAAGUGUCAGCACCAUUUUGUUUUCCGUUUGGAACCUAGUCCAGGUUGAAGGGUUUUGGUUGAAAGGUUUGGGAUAAAUUGAUAAUCAAAUAAAUAAAGAAGGGGGAUGGAACGAGGUCGAGGAAGGGCAAGGGGCCGAGGGCUUCAAGCUGCUCAGCGCGGUGGAAAUCGUCCGGGUUCAUCGGCGCCUCCACAACCUCAAGGGGCAUAUCCUAGACCAGGAUUACCUCCUACAGUUGCUCCUUCCGCACAAUUUGGAGGGGCACCAAUGCGGCAGCCGGUUCCACCUGGUUGGGGACCUAGACCAGCCACAUCUGAAGUAAGACAGCAGCACGGAGGUGAUAUACGCACAGGCCCACCUGCACCUAAUCAGGCAACCCCUGUUCCACCAACUGCGCAACCUGGAGUGGGCCCUUCUGGAGACGUGGCAAGGGGAGGUAAUGGCGGAGUUCGUGGUAGAAUGAGCAAGAACGAAAUUCUCGUCACUCGACCGCCACAUAUGCAAACUAAAAAAGGUGUGGAUGGUAAAGGCAUUUUGCUACGGGCCAACUUCUUUGAGCUGGUAUCAGCGGAGAAAUGGACCCUUAACGUUUAUCACGUUACUUUCAAUCCUCCCGUGGAGGAUACGCGAAUUCGCAAGAAACUAGUGUACACUGGAUUGCAGCAAAGAAAUGUGUCCGGAUAUCUUUUUGAUGGGACGGUUAUUUACACACCAGUCCAUCUAUCAUCUACUCCAACCGAGCCAUUAGAAUUCGUUGUCAACAAUGAAGUCACUAAGGAGAAUAUUUAUCUCCACAUAAGCUUCGUGUCUGUGCUGGGCGACGGAAAUUGGCAGUACCUUCAAGUCUUCAAUAUCAUCAUUCGAAAAUGUUUUGCAUUGAUGGGUUUUAGCUUGCUUGGUCGCAACUAUUUCGAUUCUAAAUUGAAGGUGACUUUGGCCGAACACAACUUGGAGGUAUGGCCUGGCUUUUUAACGUCAAUGAGGCAAUUCGAACGCAGUAUUAUGCUGAACGUCGAUCUUUCCUUUAAGGUCUUACGUCUGGACACUGUCUAUGAUGUAUUCAUGGAAUGUCAGAGAGCGCGCGAUCCCCGUCAUGAGUUCCUUAACAAGAUCAUUGGAUCGAUUGUGCUGACCAAAUAUAAUAACAAAACGUACAAAGUGGACGAUGUCGAUUUUUCACAAACUGCCGCAUCUUCUUUCAAACUUCGUGAUGGAUCGGAUAUUACAUACAUCAAAUACUAUGAGAACCGUUACAAGUUGCAUGUGAAGAUCAAAGACCAGCCGAUACUCAUAUCGAGAAGCAAGCCGAGGGAAAUCAGGGCUGGUAUGCCGGAAAUAGUGGCACUGUUACCCGAAUUUUGCUCAAUGACCGGCCUGACUGAUCGACAAAGGGAGAACUUCCAAUUAAUGAAAGCUAUGGGCGAUCACACCCGCGUUAAUCCUGGAGAACGAAUGGACAAGCUACUUCGAUUUAUUGAUCGUUUAAGAGGCUGUCCAGGGGCAGUGGCAGAAGUCAAGAAGUGGGAUCUCCAAUUGGCUGACAAGUUGGUCGAGUUCCCAGGCAGAGUUAUGCCAACUGAAGUUCUGUACCUUAAAAACAAUCUUGAAAUCAACGGUGGCGAAGAGGCUGACUGGACUAGAAGUUUGCGAUCCUCGCCUAUUUACAAUGCCGCUAAUAUUGACCGAUUGGCGGUGAUCUUUCCUAGGAGAAUGGAAAGCGCCAUUAAUGCUUUUAUGCCAAUGUUAGAAAAAGCCGCUGCCGGUAUGCAAAUACGUAUUAAAGGUAGGAAAUUUCCAAUACAAGAAGAUAAACCCCACAACUACCUCUCUGAGCUGGACCGCGUGAUUACCAGUCAAGAGUGUGACAUGGUGCUGGUAGCGGUGCCGAACAAUUCCGGAGAUCGUUACAACGCCAUAAAGAAGAAGUGUUACGUAGACCGAGCCAUGCCUUGUCAAGUUAUGACCAACAGGAGUCUUAAUAAUAAGGGUCUCAUGUCUAUUGCCACUAAAGUGGCUAUUCAAAUGACUUGCAAAAUGGGCGGGGCUCCGUGGGGUGCAUGUAUGCCUAAAAAUAUUAUGGUGUGUGGUUACGAUGUUUGUCGCGAUACGGCCAACCGAGGAAAAAGUUUCGCAGGCAUGGUGGCUUCGAUGGAUGAGGGUUGCACUCAGUACUUUAACGCUACAAUGGAGCAUGCUGAGGAACAAGAACUGAGCAACACCUUUGCCUCGUUUUUGGUGCUGGCGUGCACUGAAUUCCGGACGCGAAGGAAGGUUCUGCCAGACCGCAUCAUUAUCUAUCGUGAUGCUGUUGGCGACGGCCAAAUUAAAUAUGUGAAAGAACAUGAAGUAGAUACAAUCAAGCAAAAACUGACGGAACUGUUUUAUACAACGCAACCAUUGAAGAUGGCCUAUAUAGUUGUUAGUAAGCGCAUCAACGCAAAGAUUUUCCGAUCUCAGCCGAGUCAAAGGCGAGACUUUAAUCCACCACCUGGUACCGUAGUGGACGAUGUUAUUACUCUUCCGGAACGCUAUGACUUCUAUUUGGUAUCUCAAUGUGUGCGCCAAGGUACAGUAAGCCCAACCAGCUACAACGUCAUUGAAGACACCCUGGGGAUCAAUGCUAAUAAGAUUCAGCGAUUUACGUACAAAAUGUGUCAUAUGUACUUCAACUGGUCUGGAACUAUUGCCGUGCCUGCUCCGUGCCAAUACGCUCACAAAUUGGCUUUCAUCACUGCCCAGUCUUUACACAGACCGGCCAACUCUAAUUUGUCCAGGAGCUUGUUCUUUUUGUAGACUUCGUUUAAAGCCGAAAAUUGGAAUAAGGCUUAUUUACUCAGGUAAUAAAAUAAUUACGUGAUGCAUUUUUGUUGAGUUUGCCUUGUUCACGGAGUGAAUCUCUAUGUUAAAAUAUGUUUAGGAAUUAGGCUAAGGAAUAUCAGUUUCGUUUUACCUCGCUUUACAAGUUCAAAUCUUGUAUGAAGAAUGUUUUGAUACUUUUUUUACGAUUUGCUUUUUUAGUAGUUUUUCAUUUAUUUACGACCCUGAGAGUAUCAUCUCAAGCAUGGUUAGUCUAUAAGAUGUUAUUUUUGUAAUACGAAUUUUCUAAUAAAAUACUGAAAAUUA